GUUGCACAAUAAGUCACCUGAUCUCUCGGGACUUCGGGUCAUUGGAGCGCGCGCCUUCGUACACCACGAGAGAUACCGAAAGAAGCUGGACGACAGAGCUUUCGAAGGCAAGCUAUGUGGUUUCGGCCUCGACAGCCAGACCUACCGGUGCCCUUCCAGUAUUCCACUGAAGCAAACGGGUACGAGAGCGACGUGCUGAGCUUCACCUCCCUGCUGGACAGCCCCCACUCGACGAGCGCUCUGGACUUCACGGCGCAGAACGAACUCCUUCGGCAAGAAGUCCGGAAGAUGCAGCAAGACAAUCUCGCUCGGGAGAAGCUUCGCCUAGAACUGGACGGGCACGAGGACGAACAUGGAAACGGGCAAGAUCUCGGCGACGGGGACGCUCCAUCACCACAUCUCCCAUCGACGCCAGCUGGAUCGUCAUCCGAGACCCACGCAUCUAGCCCCAGUCCAUCAUCGUCGAACCCGACUGAACCGGACACUUCUGCAUCAACUGGAUCCUCCGGCAUGCGGCGCCUGCAAGUCACCAGAGCCAGCACGCGCGGGAAGCCCACCAGCGACGAUCAUAUCGACGUCAACUUGGUUCCUGCCAAUCUGGAAGUCACCAUGAACGACCGCGGUCGAGCCCAUGCUACAACGGGCCGCGUGGAGCCAUCCGGUCUUUCCUUCACUCAGCUGGCUGAGAUAGCCGAUCAAGCCCAGCUCCCAUGCCCUGGCGAUACUGAGGAUUUCGCCCACGUUGCGGAAGACCCCUUCACGGUGCCGCGUGCUCACGCCUACGUCACGACCACUCACGAACACCACGGGAUCUUGGAGGAGACGAAUCAAGCGAUCAAAAUCCCCAACACCUACGACGAAGCCAUGAGCUCUCCCCAGCGCGAAGAAUGGAAAGGAGCGUGCAGCAAGGAAAUGGACAAUCUGCGGAAACACAACGUCUACAAUCUGGUCCCCCUCAGCAGUGUUCCCAAGGGAGAGAAGAUCCUCGGAACGAAAUUCGUCUUCGAGAAAAAGCUGGACGGACGCUUCAAAGCUCGCCUGGUAGUCGGAGGACAUCGUCAAGAGCCAGGACAGGACUACGGACGCAGCUACGCACCAGUAUGCCGUAUCGGGAGCAUUCGCAUGACGUGCGCCAUUGGCUGCCACAACAACUGGCCCAUCUACCAACUGGACGUUGUCGGUGCCUUCCUGAACGCCCUCUGCGACAGAGAUGUGUACGUCAGACCCGCCCCCGGUACAUCCGCCAAGAACUCCGCGACGGGAGAACCCAUGGUGUACAAACUAGAACGGAGCCUCUACGGCCUAUCGCAGUCGCCUGCGCUCUGGAACGACACCCUGGACGAAUCCCUCACGGUGUUCGGAUGGAAAAGGACUCAAUCCGACCCCUGCGUGUACGUGUAUACCAGCGGCAACAUCAUCGUGAUUCUCACGGUCUACGUAGACGACAUUCUCAUCACAGGAGGAGACCAGCAGCUCGUGGACCAGAAGAAGAAGGAGCUCACGGAUCGAUUCGAGAUGACCGACAUGGGAGAGGUAAAGCGGAUCCUCGGGAUCGACGUGCAGCGAGACUACGAGCAAGGAACCCUGGCCAUUUCACAGGGGCACUACGUGAACACACUUAUGGAGCGGUUCGGAAUGCAAGAGGCCAACCCAGUGAGCACUCCUGGAUACGGAGUGGAAAUCUCCACGAAUCAACCUCAGGACCAAAUCCUGGGACCCACGGAAAAGAAAAUUGACCAGUCGAUGACAGGAAGCAUCCUCUACCUGGCCCAGUGCACGCGAUUCGACCUCUCCUACGCUGCCCUACAACUUUCCAAGGCCUGCAGCAACCCAGCGCAGGUGAACAUGACAGCAGCCAAGCACGUUCUGCGAUACCUUCGGGGUAAUCCAGUUCUUCCUAUCGUCUACAAGAGAGGACAGUUUCGGCUAGCGGCGUUUACGGAUUCAUCCUUCGGAGCAAACCCCGACAACGGAAGAUCUACCACGGGAUAUCUCUUCUUUCUGGCUGGAGGACUCAUCAGCUACGGUGCGAAGACUCAAACUCUAACCGCGCAAAGCACGGUCGAAGCCGAGAUUCAAGCACUUAGCUACUCAGCCAGAGAGGCGGUCUACAUCUCAAAUUUUAUGACGGAACUCAACUUCAAGACCUUCGGAUCGGUUCCCAUCAACAGCGACAGCACCGGAGCGCUGACAGUGGCCGGGAAUGCCAUGCACUCUCCACGCACGAAGCACGUGGCCCUGAGGUACUUUUCAUCCGGGAGCUAG